GUAGCAGAGCCGAAUUUCGGAAAACCCAAUUCAACACCCAACUCACUCACCCACCAUCAUCGAUCGACCCGAACCCUUUUCGUUUUCUCUCUGUCUCGUGCUAAUGGGGAAGUUGAAUAACGCCAAAAUCACGAAUCACGAACUCAGUAACCGAAAACAGAGGACCAAGGCGAAGGGGAGCAACAAGAAGGAGCCCCUGAAGAUCACCUACAUCUCCAGCCCCACUCUGGUCAAGGCCACCAAUGCUUCCGAGUUCCGAGCUCUGGUUCAGGAGCUCACCGGAAAGGAUUCGCGGGUCGGAGAAGACGACCACGAUGAAUACAGCGAGAGAUACUAUUCGCCGAUUACGCCGUCCCCUGCCACCACCGAGGCCAGUCCGGCUAGCUCCGUCGAGGAUCAUCGGGCGCCCUACGGCUAUUCUAGCAGCCUCGAUGAAUUCGAUUGCAGUUACCUGGAGGAUGGUUUUGGGGAGGAUGGGUAUCUGUCAAAUGGGAGCAACAAUGCGAUCAAUUCGAUGGCGGCGGCGGCGGCCGGAGUGGUGGGGAAAGGCGGCUCGUAUUCGGCGGUGGAGAGGGAGGAAGGCGGGUUUUCUUUGUGGAGAGAUGUUCCGGAUACGUUUGGGAAUGGAGGGCUUCAGUACUCUCUCAAUUGUGUCUUUGUAUAGAUGCAUCGAAAUUUGGCAAUGGGGUAGUUAAAAUUUUUAGGGGUUUUUAUGUAUUAUGUAUUACAUAUUGUGUUAUAUGUGUAUUCUUUGAUGUAUUUGUGGCUGGAUAUUUAUAUUGAGGUAUACAUGGUUACUUCUCAUCUCAAUUCUCAGUAUCAUAAAAAAUAUAAGAAAAAGUGUGUGGGUGUUCUCCAAAUUCAUCACUUUUUUGGGGUCAUAUAAGUAUGGUGGCCAUUGGCCAAUGUGUAUUAAGUAUUAACACUUGAAUGAGUGAAAAUUAAUCUAAAGAAUACUA